GGAUAAUUUCCGGUUACAUUCAUCCGCCGAUCUUUAAUAACAGCUUGAUCCUGGUUGGCGUCAACAAAUGCCACAAGGUCCACCGCCUCCUUGACAUCUUCGCAUCGCCACACUGUCCCGUACACUCCGCGUCAUCGCUGCUCUUGGCCUCGUCUUCGCUCUCACCGUCGCUGUCUUCCUCCCCACCUUCUCCUCUUUCCCUCCCCAUCUCUCCACCCACACCUCCACAAUGUCCGCGGCAAGAACCGCCGCGAACGGCACCAAGGCCGCCGCGGCCCUCGGCCCGAACUGGGUCAACGACGUCCUCGGCCUCUGGUACGGCGUCUGGGGGCCUAAAGAGUGGUUCAUGGGCGGCGCGCCCGUGGACGAGAAGUGCCGCGAACACCUGAUCGACAUCUGGCACUGCCUCUCGUCGGCGCCCGCGCCGCCGAACCCCGACCCGGCCAACAUCGCGUCCUACUGCGGCGCGACGCCGCGCGAGUGCUUCACGGACGGGCGUGCGGCGCUCGCCGGCGUGAUCGUGUACGAUCAAGCGCCGCGCAACAUGUUCCGCGCGACGCCGCGCGCGUUUGAGACGGACGCGCACGCCCUCGCGCUCAGCAAGUAUGCCGUGGCGAAGGGGCUCGACACCGCGCUCAAGGCCGAGGAGAAGAUGUUCCUCUACAUGCCGUACAUGCACUCGGAGGCGCUCGCGGACCAGGACGCGGCGGUCGAGCUCUUCCGUCGCCUCGGCGGGCCGAUGCAGGCUGAGGCGGACCGGUUUGCCGUCGAGCACCGCGAUAUCAUUGCCAAGUACGGGCGCUUUCCGCACCGCAACGCCGUGCUCGGGCGCCAGAGCACGCCCGAAGAGAUCGAGUUCAUCAAGGAGCAUCCUGGGUUUGGGCAGUGACGCGCGUGGCGUGCCCCAGCCGAGCUCACUCCGAACAGCGCCCGAGGCGGGCGCUGACGAGUUGGCAAACGCCAUGUCGCCUUUGCCGUAACAUUACCACAUUUACUGUACAUGCGGACUAUGUAUGUGUACAGAGUCUAGAGCUCGGCGAAGCACUGGUCGACGCUCUUCUUGACCAUCGCGACCAUCUUGUCCGCCUCCUCGGGCGUGAUAGUGUAUGCGGGCGCGAGG